CCGGUAUGACCGGUAUUAUCUAGGUGUAUGAUAUUGUAGUUGUGUAACAUAUCACACACACACACAUUAUACACAUUUCUUUUGCGCGUACGAUAAUUAUCGCAGUUCGGUUCAACACGCACGCGCGUCCGCGUCUCACGCGCACAAACUCGUCCGGUGGGGCGUAGAAACUCGAAAUCGCGCUGACCCGGCGACCGCACCGCCUCCUCUCGUCGCAGCACGCCUUCCGCGUCCGUCCGAUAUUAUUGUCGUCUCGGCCGCACGGCACCGCGCGCGCGGAUUCGGCUCGCAGUAUCGCGCGGAAUUCCCUUCGCCGCAUUCCCAGACAUCGGCACGACCACGGUAGCCUAUCAUACGGACGACCUGACGUAUACGACCGCGGUAACACUCGGGACGGGCGAUGAUGUCUUCGCUGUUGCAGUCGUCCACGACGGCCACUCCGGUCGCUUCGAUGACGGCUUCGACGGCCUCGACCGCCGCCGCCGGCGCCGCCGCCGCGGGGACGGGAUCGACGGCGACGGUGACCGCGCUGACGGCGACUUGCGCGGCUCUGGCGCUGAUCCUGGUGGCCAUGUGCCUGUUGGACCUGCCGUACUUCUUCCGGUCGCUGUUCAGCUACGUGUCGGCCACGUGCUUCAAGAAGAAGCUCCGGGCCACCGACACGGCCGUCUACUCGUCCGUGUGCCUGACUUCCGACCUGGACGUGUACCUGACCCACAUGAACAACGCCCGGUACCUGCGCGAGAUCGACCUGGCCCGCAUCGAGUUCCUGUUGCGCACCGGCAUAUGGCGCGAGCUCCGGCGCCGCGGCGGCCUCAUAUUCACCAUCGCCAACAGCGUCCGGUACCGCAGGUUCGUCCGCACGUUCAGCCGGUACGAGAUCCGCACCAGGAUCGUGUACUGGGACGACGUGUCCAUAUUCUUCGAGUUCCGGUUCGUGUCCAAAGCGGACGGGUUCGUCCGGGCCAUCGUGUACAACCGUCAGCAGGUGGUCGACUGCAGCGCGGACGAGCUGAUGCGCACCGUCGUCGGGGGCGGCGGCGGCGGCGGCGACGGCGCUGACUCGACGGAGGCCGCCAAGACGGCCUCCGAGGGCGCGUACCGGCGUCCCGAGUGUCCCAUCGAGAUACACCACUGGAUACAGUCCAACCUCAUGUCCAGUGCCAGCCUCAAGGCCGAGAUCGGCGACGGCGACCCGCUGUAACGCGUUUUGCGCGCGUCGACGGAGGCGGUCUAGUGUCGCGCGCUACUCGGUCACGGUACGCGCGCAGCGGGGUAGAGGAAUACGUUUGGGCGCAUUUUCCUCAGACAAGAUUGAUAUUGCGCUUAUCGCGUUUUUAAGACGUGACUCCGCGUACGUUUUGGGUGCAUGAGUUAUAUUUUGUGAGCAGUAGCGUAGCCAGAAAAAUAUUUUUUAUUUUUUAUUUUUUUUUUUGAGGGGUUGGGGUGGUUAUAACCCGGUACCCUACCACCCCUGGCUACGCCACUGUCUGUGAGUCUGUCGAUGUUAUUCGGGAAGAUUUACCAUCACUCGAGGAAUUCGAUUGAACAGUCUCUCGAAAAUAUGUCUGUGUUUUUAUUAAUGCUUGUCGGUAUCAAAGUGUUAUAUUUAUUAAUAAUAUAUUAUUAGUAGGUAAUUUCUAGUUGAGAAGAUAUAAGUGAUAUCAUUUUUUUUUUUUUUUUAUGUUUAAAUUCAUUCUUUCAUAAUUAAUGUAAUUAAAUACUUCUAUGUAUUCUUUAAUACGAUUAUUUGUCCAUCAUUUAAAACUCAAAUUCUUCUUUAUCGUAUCUUUUUUUGCACCCAAACGCGUGUAUCUCAUUUUACACAGUAACAUGUUUUCAGAAAAUAAUGCGUCCAAACGUGUUACUCUCAUACUGUGAUUAUCUGCUGCACCUGCACCCAGUGAUCCACACCUUGAUGGAACUCUUGCAUGCAGCGCGAUUUUAUGUUGAUUAUUAUCGAUUUGAACGCGGGAUCGAUUGGUUUAUACUGUUUUAUAAAAAUAUUUUAAAUUUGUUACCGAUUGCAUAGAGAUACACACAUUUAAUAUAUAUAAAACAGUAUUACGAAAAAAUCAUAUGAAUAUUUGUAUACCAAUCUGGGCCGCAUUAUGUCAUAUAACUAUGAAUUAUGAUGACUUAUAUAUUACAUGUUAUUAUACUUGUCUGUACUUUGUACGUUCAGUUUUAUUUUCUAUAUUUUAUGUAAUAUUAUUUUGAUUAUGUUCAGUAUACCUGUAUAUUAUAAUAAUAUUAUAAAUCAUGACGACCAUUUACCCGGCGGUGUAUUUGACGUCAUUAUGGACAAUAAAAUUUGUAUGAUUUUAUUUUUACAAACCUAUAAGAA